AUGGAAAUGAUGGAGUGGAACGAAAGGGUAUCGGAAAUGUCGAAAGAGGACGAGCUCAAAGCCGAGAAGGAAGUAGUUCAAAAGGAAAUCGAUGUAAUUAUGAAGGAGUUAGGGAAGCAAUUUGCUGACAAAAGCUUGGAUGGAGUUCGUGCAAACAUCACUCGUCUCAGCUACCUGUACUCAUUGCGAACUUCAAUCAACAAGAAAUUAGAAGAUUUGAUGGGUAUGUGA